AGGUGAAGAACCAAAACUUUCAUACCAUUCCAUCUCAGCAUAUACUUACAGAAAUGUCUUCAAUUAGAGUAUCUCUAGUUCAGUUAAAGGUAACCGGGUCCAAAAACUACAUUCUUCAAAAUACAAUAAAUCAAAUAAGAAUUGCCGCAUUGGAAAAGAAUGCCACCUUAGUGGUCCUUCCCGAGUGUUUCAACUGUCCAUAUGAAGAGGAUGCUUUGGUGGAAAGCGCUGAAGAAAUACCAACUGGCGAAACGAGCCAAGUCCUAAGCCGUGCUGCAAAAGACUACGGCGUCUACAUCGUGGGCGGAUCCAUUGUGGAACGUUACGCAGAUAAUCUUUACAUCACUUGUCCGGUGUGGAACCCAAAGGGGGAACUGAUCGCUAUAUAUCGUAAAAUGCACUUGGGUGAUUCGAAUGCGAGUGCAGAUGCGAUUGUCCGUGAAUCGGCUUGGUUCACCGCCGGAGAGACGUUUGUCACGUUUGAUGUUGGUGAGGUGAAAGUUGGUCUGGGAAUUUGUUGGGAUAUGCGUUUCCCGGAAUUUGCUGCCUGCUAUCGGAUGCUGGGUUGUGAUGUACUGAUCUAUCCGUCGCUAUGUGAUGUCCACACUGGAACCAAGCACUGGCAACUUCUUGCACGAGCACGUGCCUUGGAUAAUCAGCUGUUUGUGGCAUUUUGUUCGCCCGCACGAAAUGUAGAGGCAAAGCUGGUUGCUUUUGGUCACUCUUUGGUUGUAGAUCCAUGGGGGGAGGUAAUUGCAAUGGGAAAAGAGAAGGAGGACAUAGUUGUGGCUGAUUUGAAGCUCGAUUUGCUGAGGGAAGCUAGAGAACAUAUGCCAGUGAUGGAACAAAAGCGAUUCAAUUUGUAUAACAGUGUUAGCAUAAGCGACAAUCAAUAAUAUAAACGUGACUCUGUGGCAGUUUAAAUGUUAGAGAAUUGAGUAUGUGCUGCGAGGUAUUUUGACAAAAUCUGAAUGAUUAGGGUUAUCUGCUGUAUUCACGGUAACAUUGUUCCCUUCGUCAUAGCAGGGGGAGGCAGGGUUUCUAAAACCUUGUGGUCAAAAGUUUCUGCAAUAUGUUUUGCAUAAAAGCAUAUCGUACAAUCAAAUUAAGACAAACAGAAGAACGAUGAAGAGAACAAAACUUUCAAAACACACAAUUUAUCCUAACGAAAGCUGUUCAAAAAAUCCAAUAAAAGAUCAUUCUAACUGGAA